CCAACUUGAAUUGGAAGUUGUAAGGAUGAAUUAGACACAAGAUGAUAGUUGAGGGGGGAUAAACGUGUUUUCCAGUCUUCUCCAAUUACAUCUCAUCAUCGGGGGAUAAAUCCUCGUCUACCUCUUCAUUUUCCGCUUAGCAGUUGAGAAUCGAAGAAGAAAAAGAGUGAGGAGAGAGAAGGCAAACAUGGGCGGAGGAGGAGGAGACCACGGGCACCACGGAGAUGCAGGUGAUUUCAGGACCAAGGUGUGGACCAUGACCGGUGGGCCCAACUGCAGGCCCAAGCACUGGAAGCGCAACACUGCCAUCGCCAUGGCCGGCGUCUUCCUCAUCUGCAUCCCCAUAGCCAUGAAAUCCGCAGAACUCGAGCAACGGCCACAUCACCCAGUUCGCCCCAUACCUUCGCAGCUCUGGUGCAAGAACUUUGGGAAGAAGGAAUAUUGAUUUGUAGUCGCUUGUUUGGCCAUAACAUCUAUACAAACUUGCUUUUGUCAGAGAACAGUAUUGCCUUUUUUGUUUUCGACUCAGGGUUCCUGAAUUUCGUCAAUGUACUGCUGAUAUAUCGCUUGUGGAUGAACGUGACGUUGUUAGCAUCAUAAGUUGUUUGAAUAAGAUAAUGACUCUUGGACUUCCCCCUUCA